AUGUCUUUCCCCACCCUCCACGCACGCGCCGAGGCCAAGCCGCUGGAGCACCGAUCCGCCCUCACGCCCACCACAGCGAAGAAGCUCCUCGACGCCGGCUACCCAGUCCUGGUCGAGCGCAGCCCCAAGGACCCCAACUACGCUCGCAUAUUCAAAGACGAAGAGUUCGAGCAGGCAGGUGCGACCCUGAUUGAAGAAGGUGCAUACAAGACGGCGCCCAAAGACCGGAUUAUCAUCGGACUGAAGGAGCUCCCCGAGGAUGAGUUCCCGCUCGAGCACACAUUUGUCCACUUCGCCCAUUGCUACAAGCAGCAAGGCGGUUGGGAGAAGGUCCUGGCCCGCUUCCCCCGCGGUGGAGGAACACUGUACGACCUCGAGUUCCUCCAAGACACAACUGGCAGGCGCGUUGCUGCGUUUGGCUACCACGCUGGCUUCGUUGGCGCUGCUCUUGCCAUCAAGACCUGGGCCUGGCAACUCACACACCCCAACGGCGAGCCACUCCCGGGUGUCGAGACCUUCACCGACGGACGCGGAUACUACAACAACGAGAGCGAGCUGAUUACUCAGCUCAAGGAGGACGUUGCCGCUGGCGAGAAGGUUGCCGGCCACAAGCCAUCGAGCUUGGUUCUGGGCGCACUGGGCCGCUGCGGUUCAGGCGCAGUCGACCUUCUCGAGAAGAUUGGCUGCCCCGAGAUCAAGAAGUGGGACUUGCCCGAGACCAAGGAGCGUGACGGACCGUACCCCGAGAUCAUCGAGUCGGACAUCUUCGUCAACUGCAUCUACCUCUCCAAGCCCAUCCCGCCAUUCGUCAACAAGGAGAGCCUGAAGUCGCCCAAGCGCAAGCUUAGUGUCGUCUGCGAUGUGAGCUGCGACACCACAAACCCACACAACCCCAUUCCCAUCUACGACAUCAACACCACCUUCGACAAGCCGACCGUCGGGGUUGAUGUCGAGGGCGACGGACCGAGAUUGUCCGUCAUCUCCAUCGACCAUCUCCCGUCUGCGCUGCCACGAGAGUCCUCAGAAGCAUUCAGCAAUGCCCUUCUGCCCAGCUUGAUGGCGCUGAAGGACCGUGCGACCACACCGGUAUGGCAAGGAGCGGAGAAGCUCUUCCAGGAAAAGGUACAGACGCUUCCUGGCGGUGUACCGAAGAAGGAAGUAUAG